AUGAAGCAUUAUUGGUUGGGGAUUAAGCUCCUUGGUGCUGAUGUGAGGAUCAAUUCCAGAAUGCUUCUAAAGCUUGCUAAUGAAAAGGGUCUCUCCAGGAAAGAGAGACAACAACUCACACGAACCACUGUAGAUAUCUUUAGACUUGUUCCUGUUGCUGUUUUUAUCAUCGUACCUUUCAUGGAAUUUUUGCUUCCAUUAUUCUUGAAAGAAGCAUUGGAAAAAAAGCUAAAUGCAAGAAUAGAAUAUGCAAAGUUUCUUCAAGAUAUAUUUAAAGAGAAGGCAAAAGAGAUCCAAAACAGCAGGAGUGGAGAAGUUAAGAAAACAGCAGAGGAUCUUGAUAAAUUUCUUAGCAACGCCAGAACAGGUGUUGUUGUUUCCAAAGAGGAAGUAUUGGGAUUUGCAAAGUUAUUCAAUGAUGAACUUACACUUGAUAAUAUCAGCAGGCCUCGUUUAGUGAUUAUGUGCAAGCAUAUAGGAAUCCAACCCUAUGAAACGGUUAACUUCAGGAGAACUACUAGUAGGACCCUCAAGGAAUCCAACCCUAUCAAAUGA